UGAUGUUCCCAGAACUACCAUCACGACAUCACCAAUGAGUUAUCGAGCACCUUCUUUCUAAUAACUCCCUUGGCCAAAGAAUGUUCAUCCAAAGGUAGGAGUGGACCCAUACUGCAGAUUUAACCAAAGAAGUUUAUUUACUAGUUUCUCAAUAAACUUAAAAAGCAUACUGCUGUCAUGAUAUGAUUUUUUUUUUCUUUAUCUUUUUUAAAUAAAAGCCUUGGCUUGGCCUUGAAGAAGUUGAAUUCGUGAGUUUCGUGUGCCACGUGUUGAUUUAUGAGUGGUUGAGUAAAGGAUGAGAAAGGUAAGAAAAACGCACCUCACUUGCAUACAAUAAAUAUUAUAUUAUACCACCUCAUCAUUCUCUCUCAAAAUAAGAGAAAAAUAAAAAUUAACUAAGAAACCGAAGAUGUCAAGCGCUAGACUCCAACCCACGGCUUGUGCUAUGCUCUCCUCCACAAUCAAGCACCACUGCCUCCGACCUGUUCGAAACGGCGUCGUAUUCUCCACCACCAGUUCAUGCCAUCGAACCAACAGGCCCCUCUCCAUCUCAAUGUCCGCCUCUGCUCCCCCGACCCCUCUCGAAAUUUGCGUCAAAGCUUCCCUUACUGUCCCCAACAAGCUCGGCGACUGUCCCUUUUGCCAAAGGGUGUUGCUAACAUUGGAAGAAAAACAUCUUCCUUAUGAUUUAAAGUUGGUAGACUUGGCCAACAAGCCAGAAUGGUUUCUAAAGAUCAAUGCAGGUGGUAAAGUUCCUGUAUUAAAGCUUGAUGAGAAGUGGGUUGCAGAUUCCGAUGUUAUCACACAAUCAUUGGAAGAAAAGUACCCUCAGCCACCUUUGAUAACCCCACCUGAGAAAGCCUCAGUUGGAUCAAAGAUCUUCUCGACGUUUAUUGGCUUUCUUAAAAGCAAAGACCCCAACGAUGGAACUGAGCAAGCGUUACUUGAUGAGCUAAGUUCUUUCAAUGAUUAUCUCAAAGAAAAUGGUCCUUUUAUCAAUGGGAAAGAUGUGUCUGCUGCUGACUUGGCUCUUUCACCCAAGCUCUAUCAUCUAGAAAUUGCUCUGGGACAUUAUAAAAAUUGGUCUGUUCCAGAUUCCCUUCCAUUUGUGAAGUCUUACAUGAAGAAUAUUUUCUCAAAGGAUUCAUUUAUUAAAACACGUGCACUGCCGGAGGAUGUUAUUGCGGGUUGGCGUCCAAAGGUCAUGAGUUAAAUUCGUCUAAAAGUGAGAGAACUAAAGUCUACUUAUUUGAAAUGGUAUUGUACUUGAAAUGGAGCUUCUAAAUGCUUUGUUUGCAUUCAUUGUUAAUUUGUAUUUCACACUUGUGCAAUACAAAAUCGAUCUAGUGACAUGAACAUAUACUAAAUCCAUAAAUUCCAAAUUAUUUAUAAAUUUUUGUAUUUUUUUAGUGUCUUAAAAUUAUACAAAUAAUCAUUUCGCUCUGCA